CUUAAUCAAAAAAAUAAUAAUUCUCUGGUUUUAUCACAAAAAGAGCCCCUCAUUUUGCUCCUUAGAGAGCAUCUCCUUUAUUCCUGGGGAGUACCAACGAAAAAAAAAUCUCUCUGGUUUUAUCACUUUCAGCUGUAAAGAGACUGAGAGAGAAACAAAAAAUGGCAAGAUUUCCACUUCAAGAUCUAUGGUUCAUUAUUCUUCUCCAGAGCUAGGCCCCAAAAUCAGCAUUUUGGAUUAACAGCAAGUCACAUUCCGGCAAGCAAUAAUAGAUGUGUAAGUAUGAAUUUACUAAAAAUAGUAGUGAUUGAUAAAGUUGUUAGGAUCUGUUGAAAUGUUCUUGAUUUUCUUGAUUUAGUAAAAAAAAAGAAUCUGAUGAAGAUUUCAUCUAUAUUAGAAAUGAAAGGAUCUCUAAGAUUAGUGUUUACUGUGUUUCUAUUCAUCGCUAUUGCUACUUCAAUGAGUUGUAAAAUCGCAGUUCGUAGAGUAUUCAGUAGUUCCAAAUCCAUUCAGAGAUUGAGAUUACAGCAAGGAAAUGAAAUGAACAAAACAUUGAUUAGAUAUGCAGAGAUUGAUAUAGGAGAAGAGAAAACGAAAAGAGAGAUUGAGAAUUUGUUACAGGGGAGUUAUGGGGGAGGGAGACAUAGAUCGAUUUCUUCAUAUAAUAAUCGUAUUAGAGGGAGUGAGUAUAGGUCGUCUACUCGUGGUAUACCUGUUAGUUUCCGUGCGCCGAAGUAUUAUAGACAUUGGUUAGAGUUUCGGAGAGUUCUGAGGGACUGGUUUAGGAAUAAGAGGUUUGAAGGUGGUGAUGUUAUGGGGGGAUUGAUUAGUCAAGUGAAAAGGCCGGUGGAUGAGCAUUACGGUUUGGGGAAUUUGGAUGGGAGGAAGUAUGAUUCGUGUGCGGUGGUGGGGAAUAGUGGGAUUUUGUUGAAGAAUGAGUACGGGGAUAUGAUUGAUAAGCAUGAGUUUGUGAUUCGGUUGAAUAAUGCGAGGACUAGAGGGUAUGAGAAGAAUGUGGGGUCCAAAACUAGUGUUUCGUUUGUGAAUAGCAAUAUAUUGCAUCUGUGUGCUAGAAGGGAGACGUGUUUUUGUCAUCCGUAUGGUGAAAAGGUUCCGAUUGUUAUGUAUAUUUGUCAAGCAAUACAUUUGAUGGAUUAUACGUUAUGCAAUUCUACGCAUAAAGCUCCGUUGCUUUUUACAGAUGCGAGGUUUGAUGUUUUGUGUUCUCGAAUUGUCAAGUAUUAUUCGUUGAAACUGUUUACGGAGGUGACUGGGAAAUCGCCUGAAGAAUGGGCUCCUUCGCACGACGGAAGUAUGUUUCAUUACUCUUCUGGUAUGCAAGCUGUAAUGCUUGCGUUAGGGGUUUGCGAUAAAGUUAGUAUAUUUGGGUUUGGGAAAUCUGUCGUAGCAAAGCACCAUUAUCAUACUAAUCAGAAGGUGGAGCUUCAUUUGCACGAUUAUCAAGCAGAAUACGCUUUCUACCGCGAUUUGGUGGAGAACCCAGAGGUAAUUCCGUUCCUUGCCAACAAAUUCAAAGUUCCUCCGGUGGUUAUAUAUCAUUGAAUUCAUUAUAUGUCUGAUAUGUUUAGUGAUAUGUGGGAUCAGUUAAGUUGUAUUUUGGCUCUGGUUUCUUUCUUUUGGUGUUGUAAAUUUCCACGAAAUCUGGAAAUGCAAAAGAAAAAAAGGAAAUUGUUUAAAGAUAUCUCAUCUUUUUGGAGAUCCUAUACUAGCAUAGGUAGUAUCGGGCACUAGUUACUGUGUAAGCUUGAACUCUAGAAAUGUAAUGCCAUCAUUCUGGCUUCGAUAUUGAAAUGAAAAUCUCUACAUUUGAAA